AAAAUAUUAAACUAUAACAAAAUUAGCACGUAUAAAAUAAAAUGUAUUGAAUCUAAUAGACCGUCUUCUGUGAUGUUCAUGGGGUUUUCUAUGAAUGUGCAGGAAUUCCUCAACAGUUUUACCUCUCAGUUCUUUUCUGUGCUUUAUGUUUACUGGCCCUCUAUCUGCUCUCUACCUUUGCUACGGUGGCCUGGCUACUCUGCCCUUUUUGGGGUACACUUGCCAGAUGAGGGGGAAUUAGUUCUUGUGUUUUCAGAAUCUCCUUUAGCUCGACAUAUAUUUGGAAAAAUGGAUGUAAUACAGUGUAUGUACACUGUACAAAUAAUACCAAGAACAGAUAAGGAUUCUGUUGAGGUUGUCCUUUUUACUAAGGAAGACGAGCUUAAAUUCUUUAGUUAUUUUCGGAAAACAGGAAAAAUCAUAAAACCAGGGGAUCUUCCAAGAAAAAAGUUCAGUUUUCGAGGAGUUGAACAAGAUGAAACAUACACUAUUAAAGUUUCUUUAGGUAAAGCUGCCCAGGCAACUUUGAUUGCUGCUAGUAUGAUGAACGUGAAGGAGGUGUAG